AGCAGGAGCAGGAGCAGGAGCAGGAGGGGUAUAUGUAUAUAUCCCCUCGAGGACGGAACGGAACGGGCUGCUCAACAUACGGAAACAAAAACAAAGCCAGGACUUCAGAAUAUCAGGACAUCCGGACAUCCUCCACCGCCUGCCCACCGCCCGUUCACUCUACCCACGACUUCAUCUCAUUGCUUGAGCAACAGAAACACAGCACAUACCAUCACAAUGGAGCCCCCACAGACACAGACACAGACCCCUCCCCCGACCCUGACCUCGAGCGUGAGCGGCCUGCAGUCGUCACUAAGCACACUGCACCCGCAACUGAGCGUUCUCACGACGUCGCUCUCGUCGAGCUCAACCGAAAGCCUCCACGCCACACAAUCGCACCUAUCAGAUGCGUCGUCGAUCCUGCACCGGCUGCUAUCCUUCCUCAACACAUCCACACGGCGCGGCAGCGCCCCCUCCCCGGCACGAGAGAACGGCGAGCUGCAAUCGCUGCUCGCACACCUCUUCGGCGCCUUCGCUUUGGCGGAGGGCGAAGCGCUCGCGGCGACGCAGGCCUCGGAAGCAGCGCUGAGCUCUAUCGAGUCCUUCAAGACGUCGCGGGUCUCGCCGCUGCUGCGGGAGUUUAGCGGGGCGAAGGAGCGCGCGCUGGUGCAGGUCGCCCGCGCUACGACGAAGGUCGCUGUUGCCAACGAGAGCAAGAUGCAUAUGGAGCUGAAGCUCCAGGGGAACCGUGAGAGUGUUGAGGCGACCAGUAAGCACCUUGAUGAGGUCCAGGCCACCCUCAAUACUAUGGCGUAUAAAAUGGAGGCUCUGGUAGAGAAGAAACAGGAGAUGGAGGAGAGGAAGUUGGAGGCCAAGGAGCGGAGGGAGUUGCAGAGGUCCCAAAAAGCCGUCGGCUUCCUCUCAAUCUUCGUGCCCGUGCUGGCGCCUGUAGCUGCAGCGGCAGCCGUCUUCUCCUCCAGAGCACUAGACGGUGAGCUCCGACGGGCCCACAACCAGCUCGAGAUCCUGCGACGUCAGACCUCCGGUCUCAACCCCGCCCUGAUCGAGAACGCACUCAAGGGGCUCAACCUGGAGCACGCCACGAUCCAGGCCGAGCUCGAGCAAGAAUCUGCUGUGGUGACUACGCUCUCCGCGGAAAAAUCCGCGCUGGAAAGGCAGCUUGAGGAGCUGGAGGAGGUCCAUGAGACCCUUGACGCCGUGUGCGCUGAGCUGGCCCGCACCCAGUCCGUGGUCGCGGAGACUGCCGCGAAGGUCGGCGAUGCGGCGGCCAAGGCCGCAACUGCGAAGGGCGUGUGCGCUCAGGGCGUCGUCAAUAGCUGCCGUAUGUCGUUGGAGGAGGGGCGAAGAUGGGUGGUGGGCUUGCUAGAGGGGGUGGUGGAGACAGUCGGCGAGGGGCGCGAGGAGCUCGAGGCCUGCAAGGUGGAUGUGCAGCAAGAGGUGCCGGUCGACGAGGCAUUCGAGAGCGGCGGCGAGUCGCCGCUGGUGGGGAGGAAGGAAAGUGGCGAGUGGGAGGGCCCGGAGCUGCUAGCUGUUGUGGAGGCCCCCGAGGAGGAGGAGCGCGAGUGCGAGCACGAGGGCGAGGAGAGGGAUACGUGCGAGUGCGAGGAGGAGAGCGACGAGGAGGUCCCAGAGACCGUCGAUGUGGGCGUUGAGACUCCCGUGCACGAGGAGGAGGACGAGGAAGAGGCAGAGCGGGAAAUCAUCGAUGCGGUACACCCAGCCGACGGGCCAGCCGAGGAGUACGAUCCAAUCUUGGAGCAUGAGCAUGAGCAGGAGCAGGAGGAGGAGGAGGAGGAGUCAGCCGUGCUGACCAGCGCGUUCCCACUAGAACGCGAGCCCAGCGUUCCGGGCAGCUAUCAAGAAGACUCUGAAGACGAAGACUCGGACGGCGAGUACUCCGACGACGAAGUCGAAGAGGAAGACGAAGGCGAAGGCGAAGAAGCCGCUCACCACCACCACCACCACCACCAGCAGAAAGCCUACCCGCCCUCGAUCACCUCGUCGAUCCUGUCCAGCUCAUCUUCGGAAUCACACGUACAAGACGCCUCCAAGCAAGAAAUCCACGUGCUAGGAUCCUCCACGAACUCCUCGCCCUCCCCGUCCGACGACGAGCACGACGAGGACUCGGAUGAUGAUGAUGAAGCACCAGGCUACGAACAAGACCUGGCACAGAAAUGCCGCGGCCUGGUUAAUGUUCAGAUCGCGCCGGUUCCUGAGCUGCCAGAGGUCCACGAGAUCGAGGUGGGCAUGCCGGGGAGCUUUCAUUAGGAGUUGCUUACUUGGUACAUACUUGGUACAUGUGAUGUUUGCGAUGGUUGUGUGUUGUGUGUUUUGGGAGCGAUGGAGUUUGGAGCCCUUGCUUUUCUACAUUUCUUUUCUGCAUUUCUUUCUGCAUUACCUAUUUUGGUUAUGGUUCGGCGUAUGAUAUCACAGUUCGUUUAGGGAAUACAUAUUGUUGCAC